UGUCCAGCUGUUGUUCUUUGCACACAAACACACACACAGAGACACACCGGUGAGCGCUACGACGGGUCCCAGACUACUCCCUCAACUACCGACUUCACCCCCCCAACCCGUCGCCCCUGGCUCUCAUCUCCGCUGUUGGCCAGACGGACCGCAGACCGCCGCACACCUCGGUCCUUUCAGCAGGACCACCAACACCACGGACAUCAUGGAGGCCGUCGCCAUAUUUGACGCACCAGGAAAAGGCCGGGGACUCAAGGCCACCAAGGAGAUGUGGGCCGGCGACGUGGUGUUCUCAGAGGCCGGCCUCGCUGCCGUUGUAUUCGACAGUAUGGCGGAACGCAUAUGUCACAGCUGUUUCCGCAGCCAGCCCAAGCUUCAGCGGUGUGGUCAGUGCAGAUUUGCGCACUACUGCGACCGCACAUGCCAGCGCGCCGGCUGGGCAGAACACAAGGACGAAUGCGGUGCCAUCAAGACCUACGGCAAAGCCCCAAAUGAAAGCGUUCGGUUGACCGCGCGGAUCGUAUGGCGCCUGGACAAGGAGGGGAGCCUGGUGACCGACACACAGCUGACCACCGUGGAAGACCUGGAGGACCACAUCUUCGGCAUGCCCGACGACGAUCUCCAGGAGAUCAAAGUGGACAUCCACAACUUCCUGGACUACUGGCCGCGCAACAGCAAGCAGCACAGAGUCGACGACCUCUCACAUAUCUUUGGGGUGGUCAACUGCAACGGCUUCACAGUGAGCGAUCAGAAGGGGCUUCAGGCGGUUGGGGUGGGCCUGUUCCCCAACCUAUGUCUGGUGAACCACGACUGCUGGCCCAACUGCACAGUGAUUCUCAACCACGGCAAUCAAUCGGCUGUGAAUACUAUGUUUCACUCUCAACCGAGGAUCGAGCUGCGUGCCUUGGGUAAGAUCUCCGAGGGAGAGGAGCUGACGGUGUCCUACGUGGACUACCUGAACGUGUCAGAGGACAGACAGAAACUGCUGAAAGCGCAGUACUUCUUUGACUGCACAUGUGACCACUGCAAGAACCACACCAAAGAUGACGUGAAGAUGGCGGGCAAGGAGGUGGAUGGCGUCAAGGUACCUGAAGAGCAGGUGAAGGAAGCAUCAGAUUAUUGCCGUGUGACUCUGGAGAAGAUUAACAAGUCUCGUUUGAGUGGCGACUAUCAUGAGGUGGUCGUCAUGUGCAGAGACUGCAUGAAAAGAGCAGAACCAGUGCUGGCCGAAACACACAUCUACCUUCUGAAGCUAUGGAGCACACUGAGCGAGGUGCAGGCCUAUCUGCAGUUUAUUGAUGAUGCAGCAGACCUCUCCCGCAAAGUGGUUGAGGGCUACAACAAAAUCUACCACCCAAACAACGCUGCCCUGGGCUUGGCUACCAUGAGAUCUGGAGUCUCACACUGGCAGGCAGGGUUAAUAGACGUUGGCCACGGGAUGAUCUGCAAGGCCUAUGCAAUUCUCAUGGUCACUCAUGGACCUACUCACCCCAUCACUCAGGACCUAGAGGCAAUGCGCAUGCAGACAGAGAUGGAGUUCAGGAUGUUCACGCAGAACGAGUACGUCUACCAUAGCAUGAGAGAAGCAGCAUUGAAGAACCGACCCAUGACCAUGAUGAACGAACCCGUUUCUGUACAGGACGGAAUCAAGAACCUCUUCCACAGGAGGAAGUGAACAUUGCAGUCCAUACAAACCCCUUUUGUUGAACAAACGCUUGCUUUUGUAGCCCACACUAUACCCAAAUAGAUAAUAAAACUUCACCAAGUUC